AAUCAAAACCAGAAACAUCCAAGCUUCUUCAAGAAUAUUGGCAUCGAUAACGCUAGGAGAAAGGCACCAAGCAUGACAACUGUGAAUCCUUCAAGUGAGAUUCUGGAAGCUUUAGGCGAUAAAGAAAAUACACCGAUUCGCCGUUCGCACCGAAAACGAAAGUCCAAUCGCAAAUUUGCGGAUAUGAGCAACAUCGAUAGCCAAAACGCCAUCUCGGGAAAGAACAAGACGAUUGCCAGAAAAAUAGGAUCUCGGAACACUGGCGCUAAGAGCGAAAACAAUGUAUUUUCAAACCGAGAAGUGGUGGAGAAGGAGAACGCAACUGCGUCGCUCCGAAGUUCGGUUUCGUCUCGCGAUGCUUGCGAGAAGGAAGACCGUGCUGCCGAAGGCAUUUCUAUCGAACCACAAACACCUGCUUCGUCUUCUUCGGAGUGCUUUUCAUCUCCUAUGGUCACCAAAGUUGAUUCUGAAUGUUCCAGGAUCUCGAAACAGUGUCUGUCGGUGCGAUCGCCACCGCUGUCUACUGCUCAAAUGGAAAGAUGCCGUACUACUCACAGCAACGGCCAAACCCCAACGAGCAUUCUUCGCAGGAGGUGCGCUCCGGCUAAGGAAGGAUAUGUGUACGAUGGAACGACACGGGAAGCAGAUGCGGUCGAUCCAACAAGCAAUUGUCAUUUUGAAAGUCUUCUGGCGUUCGCAGCAUCUACGAGUUCGCCUACGAAAACGUGCGACUCUUCCAAGGGAAUAGCACCAUCGCUUUUGUCUUCGCCACCCAAGCAAGUAGAGUUGGAUUUAGAAGCCUUGGGCAAUCGAUUGAAGGAAUUGUUCCCCAAACAGUUCUCUCGGGUUGUUGGAAGGGCCGGACGUCGGCCAAGGAACAUUCAACGCAGCAUUGUAACUUUCGGCUCUCCGCCUCCACCGUGCAUUCUUCCAAGAUUGAUCGGAUGCUAUACCAUGUAUAGGGACUCUCAGCGACGACAGCAUCAUGCUAGGCUGAAAUUGUUCGUAAAUGAUGAUGACUCAUUGUUAAUGUCGAACGAUCUCGUCGACCGACCCACCAAAAUAUGUCGGAAAGAUUCCACUGCGGACCAAGAAGAGGCGACAGCGGCAGAAUCUCUUUAUCCAAUACAUAAUCUACUCAAUAAAUUGGUCCAUUUAGAAUGGACCGUAUUGGCAGGCCACGAACAUCGUGACGAACAGGAAGGGAAAAACAUACCGUCUCCUACGGCUGCCACGUCGUCGGCCAAUUCUGCUCUUGCGAAAGCUAUCAGUAACUGUCAGAAUGGUGAGCACCAACGAAAGCGUCGAGUCCAAUUUGCGGCGUUUGACGAUUCAGCAGUGGUGAGGGCACCCUCCGAUGUUCUUGAAGGCUCCUACAAACCUCAAGAUGAUUGCAUCACAGCGUUGACGGAUUUGUUGGAUGUUGUGGAAGAACUCUUUCCACGAGCAAUAUGUUCGGCUUCGUCAUUACCCAAGAGCAAAUAUUGUGCUGCAAGUAGGUCUGUGCGUGAUUUUGUUUUCUACCUCAACAACGAAUUCAGAAGUCAGCAUCACGACAAGAUUUGUGCAAAAUCCCUCAUUGCAAUUGAAAAUCAAAAUAUUCCUAUCGAGCGAAUACAGAAGGCAGCUAAUGCGUAUUCCAGGGAUUUGAAUUCGCUGUUACACCCUGAAGGGAAAACGGUGAAGAAACUUCUACCCGUUGCCAUGACAAGAGAACCAAGGGCGGACAAUGACGAAUUAGUCGUUCCAGUUUCAAUCAGAACGCUGGAGGAAUUCAUCCGCAUUCGACCUCUUUCUUGGGAACACAGACUAGCAAACACCUCUGCGCAACUCGUUCGCUAUUGGCUUCGCACCCUUAUGAAUCCUAUCCCCGAGCGAUCUGAUCUUCAGACAAAAACCGAUCAAUGGAACUCAAGAUUGUAUGAUUGUGUACGUCUAACCAAUCAAUCGGAUGAACAAGAAUUCAGCAUCGAGAUUAGCACAAGCAUCGACGACGAUGGCUCCAGUUGCUCUACGUUCGACGAUGACAAGCUCUCCUCACUCUUGAGUAAUGCUUUAGCACACCUAUACGGAUAUCUAGGAUUUGGCUCGUCGCCAUUGUUGGAGAGGGAUUCAUGGAAAGAUAAGUUGGAUAGAGUGAUUCCGGACGAAGAGUGUUGUGCGAGCAUAGUUUGUCAAGAGGGCUUUGGAUCACGAAGUUCGCCUGUCUGUUUGGAUGAAGAAGAUUGGCAAGAACUUGAAGAACACCUUAGAGCGGGAUCCGAUUUCUGUGCCUUCCAUAGGAGAGCUUUGUUUAUUGAGCGAUUGUUAACAAUAGUGGCGAAAAAGAAGUGGGGCGAUCAUUGGAACGACACAGUCCAUUCGGCAGCAAAAAAGUUGGCGCGGCUUGCCUGUAGCAACGCCAUCCAGCCGGAAGAUUUGCACUUGAUUCUGUUGGGAAUACCUGUGAACGGCCUUCUCGAUCGUCUACAGCAAGAUAUCUUACCUUUGAGUCGCAAGCGGUACGAAAUUGUUCGAGCAAAUCUACGAAAAACUGAGAAAAAUUUCCGAUUGGGCUUCUCAUCUACGAAAAGAAAGAAGAUGUAUCAACCUAGGAUUGGAGAACUAGAAAUGAAUUGGACGGAAUGGUUGCAUCCCGAUACCAAAUUUCCGUCCAUCAGCCUCCGAGAAAGUUGAGGGUGAUAAUUGUUUUGCGUGUCGAAGUAUGAUUUUGAAUUUGAUUCUUUUCUGAUUCAGUAUUUGAUAACAAGCACAGUCAUCAGCACGUGCCAGUUAAACGGAUAUAGAAUGCGUUCACCGUUAAAUGUCUACCAAACUCCAAUGGAUGUUUUCAUUUUAUCGCUUAAACACCAUCUUCAAUGUAGUGAGACUGAUAUCUCUACAACCAGAGCACCCUUGACCAUAAGAAGGGUAAGAACAAAAAGCUCUUACUUUGCUCAAUAAGGCUGCUGAAUAUUGUUGUCAUUAUAGCUCAUGUUCUAGUUACUACUGUUAUCCUUAAACAGCAGCGUAAAAUGGGUAAAAUUUGUUAAUUUUCAGCCAUGUCUAUUGAGACAGGUGGUAUCUCCAUAACCACGGGUCAGAUUACUAUGGGGGAUAGACAAGUCGAAAGAGCUGGGUAUGCUUUACCCCCAUGCAUAUGUGUCUUA